AUUUAUCACAAAAACACCGAAACUGUGCAUUUUUCAGCUCUGCCUUCAAUUUAGCUCAAGUUUAUGGAGGAAUAUUCUGCACCACUUUGCGACUAUAAAGGCUUGUUACAGACAUUUAUCAUUAUCCCUCCAAGCAUCAAUUCCGGAAUUACGCUGUCCCGUUGCACAGUCAGAAUUUAGAUUACCUUAGCAUCUUUCCGGUUGGUAAAAAGGGAAACAUGAAAGAAUGUUGUUUUGAAUGACAGUUUGAGACAUUUGCCGUUUUUGAACAGCACAGAAUUCGUAUCAGAAAUGUCUCGUCUGCAAGAAUUAUUGAGUAUCAAGGAAGAUUUUGGUUCAAUGAUCGACAGGAUCCAGCCAUGGAUUCUGUCACACUUUGUGAUGUGGCUAGAUCUCAAGAUUGCGGAGUACAAAGUGAAUGGAUACAUGAUGCUUGAUGAAUAUGGUCCUGAUGGGUUCGGAAACAGUACUGGUCAUAGCAGCCAGAGUCCUGACUUAUCUCCCCUUGCACGAUCAACCCCACCAAAACCACGUCGUCAAGGUGUACAAGUUGUUCCAAAGCCUCUCUCACCAAAGAACAUUCAAAGCAGCAUAUCUAGGCGGUAUCAAGCGGAAAAAGAUGGACACUUUCAAACAAUGAAUUCUUUAUUUUUGAAUUCUUUUCCCAAAAAACAAGGAACAGAAAGAAACUAUCUGCAGAGAAAUGAAACCAGCUUAUCGCCAGAGAAGUCAGUUGUUCAUACGGAUAUCCAUGUGCCCAGUGUAAGGCAGUUACAAACGAAUAUUGAUGAAAGGUCAGACAUGUAUCUUGGUUUUGUACCAAAUCACGGGAGUGAGGACCCAAGAUUUGCUGACAGAUUGACGAGCGGAAUGAAACGCCCCGCUACAGCCUCUCCAGACUCUAGUCAAAGUCUUACGCAUACAAACACCUCAGGCAGCAGUAGACAUCAGGAAAAUGGAACAACAGCCUUGUAUAAAAGCCAACAAUUCAGCACGCUCAUUUCCGACUCCAGACCCCAGAAAAUUGACCAGAUAGACAGAUGGAAUGUCGGCGAUAAGUCAGGAUCACACAUGCCUCCUGUUGAUUCACAUGAUAAUGAAGAAAAUCAGACGUUAAAAAAUGUAACAGUGAUUGACUUGGCUGAUGGCUCUCAGGGGCAAAGUGAACAUUGUUCUAGUACUCUAGAGAAGGAAUAUUUUCAAGAGAGUAACAACAAAUUCUCAGUGAACCCCGAAGUGAAUACUGACAAUUCCCAAACACAGCAGCCAUCAUUUGAGGAAGAUGGUGGACAUCCGUCCGAACAGUCAAAUUCAAACCUAGAAUUCGAUCUGAGUAGCCAACCAUUAAAAGAAGAAGACACGAGUGACCCGCCAGUCGUCAUAAAGAUUGAGUCUGACGGGGAAGACCUGGCAAAUAUGAUGCAGUCUGAAAACACACCAGGAGCUAUGUCCCUUGAAGAGGACUCAUCAGAUAUUUCUAAUUUCAAGUCAUUGUAUAUGGAUGAUGGUUCGUUGUCAAUGGCAACAGGAAGUGACAGUAGAUCUGUUGUACCAGUGGAACUUGUUUCUCAUGGGAAUCUUCCGUCAAUGUCACUGAAUGAAAUUAAUCUCACAUUGUCUCAAGGUAUGUUUACCAAGAAACGACGAUAUGUGCGGACAAAACCUUUUGCGUCAUCGCCCUCUUGUGUUCCCAGAGAUCCAGUCUCGGGAAAGUUUGUAUGUACAAUUUGCAAUGGCAAGUUUCAAAACCGGUCUUCGUUUUUCCGUCACAAAUCUCUUCAUGGUGAAAAGCGCCUCCAGUGCUUUGUGUGUUUGAAGAGGUUUCAUCGAAAAGAACAUGCAUCAAUGCACAUGAAUCGCCACGGUAAAAACGGGGAACUAAUUUGUCCAAUAUGUCAGAUGGUCGGGCACGAUACUGGAGAAAUGGAGCAGCAUUUUUGUAUUGUGCAUAAAGUACGCAGUAUGUAUACGUACCGCAUCCACAGCGACAUGUCGAACCAAAGUAUGACCUAUACAGGACAGACCUUCAGUGACAUGGAAAACGAUCCCUCAUUACAGAUCUUCUCUGGUCAGAACUUCAGCAGUGAUGGAGUGGACGAUUCCUCAUUACCUGUCACAGGGACAUGAUGGACAGUCCGCAAAAAAAUCCCAAAAUAAAUAUUGUGCAAUUGAGAUAUUAUUACAUGUAGAACUAUAUACAGUGUAUGAUAUUCAUACGUAGUUGUGUAUUCAAACUCAUAUUUAAAUAAUUUGUUAUAUUUUCAUUGUAGAAUUAAAUUUUUUCAGAGGUUUCAUGUAUUGUUAAUUAACAAAUAGGUAUACACCGGCUUGUUUCAGGAAUUUUGCAUGGCUAUAGUAUUUAAUAUUUUUAACAGUAAAUGUGAAUGGUACUAAAAACACAUACAAUUUCUUAAUAAAACUGGCAUUGAAGAGUUGCACAAAAUAUUGAUGUUGCUGAUAGUUGCAUAUAGAGGGAAAAUACUCAACAUGCAUGGUAGGCUAAUGAUAGUCUGAUGAAAUACUGCAAGUAGAUAUAUAUAUAGUUCUGGUAGUGGUGCAUUCCAUGUGUUGUUUUAUAUAUUAAAUUAUUGAUGUUAUUGUGUUUCUGUGGAACUUUAACUCCACAAUCUGUGUGUUCUAUUGACAGACAGCUGCCAUUAUACUGGAGCCCCAGUCCCUUGCCUCUUUGACAUUUUCACACUCGCUAGGGACGAGACUUCAGAUUGACAUUUUCACACUCGCUAGGGAUGACACUUCAGAUUUACAUUUUCACACUCACUAGGGACGAGACUUCAGAUUGACAUUUUCACACUCGCUAGGGACGAGACUUCAGAUUGACAUUUUCACACUCACUAGGGACGAGACUUCAGAUUGACAAUUUCACACUCGCUAGGGAAGAGUCUUCAGAUUGACAUUUUCACACUCUCUAGGGAGGAGACUUCAGAUUGACAUUUUCACACUCAAUAGGGAUGACACUUCAGAUUGACAUUUCCACACUCGCUAGGGAUGACACUUCAGAUUGACAUUUUCACACUCGCUAGGGAUGACACUUCAGAUUGACAUUUUCACACUCGCUAGGGACGAGACUUCAGAUUGACAUUUUCACACUCGCUAGGGACGAGACUUCAGAUUGACAUUUUCACACUCGCUAGGGAUGACACUUCAGAUUGUCAUUUUCACACUCGCUAGGGGUGACACUUCAGAUUGACAUUUUCACACUCGCUAGGGACGAGACUUCAGAUUGACAUUCACUUACAUGCACUGUCGGAUAAUUAGUGAUCAAUUACAUUAAAGUUCACACACAAGAUUUAGUUAAGUUAGUGUUUUAAGUGUUGCCUGUAUUUUUUUCAUAUUCAACAUCUAUUUCUGUUCCGUAGUCACAUUUGAAGGGAAGCAAGAACUGUAGGUUAUGCCUAGAAUCAAAUGUUGUAUAUUACAUAGGCAAUACCAGGUAUUUCAGUUGCUUCCAGUUGACCCAUGACAUUUGCAGUUUCAGAGGUCAAAUAAAAUUUUCCCUGAAACUCGAAGUAUCAAAACACAUUUCAGAUACGUGUAGGUGUGUCCAUUCAAACCCAUGAGUCGGAGCUCCCCUUUUGGAGAGUCAAAAUUUUAAACACACAAUUGAUUUUUUUCAGCUGUAUUACACUAAAUUAAAUUGAUCACUAAUAAGGAAAUGAAACAAGAUUUUUUUUAGCUUUUUCAGGUUUAUAUUUUAAUUUUAUUUAGAUGUAUCCUGUUUUUGUAGUAAAGUUAUAUUAACAAUAAAUAUUAGUGGUAAAUUAUAUUUGUCUUGGUAGUAAUCUAAAGAAAUACAAUACGUUAUACCCAAGAGAGAAAACACUAAGAUGUAACUACCGUAGUCAUUAUUAUUAAAAAAAACAUCCUCUGGUGACUUUACAACAAGUAAAAGACUGUUUUUGACACACACUCAAUCUGUCAUUUUAGAGCCUUUUUAAUAUGUUUGUAACUAUAAAAAAAAGUCAAAACUCUCAUUUUUUGCUAGGUUUAUUAAAAAAUUAUUAUGAAUUAAUAAACCAUGAUUUUACAGGAUAUUACAUCAGCUUUAUAAUUUAACAUAUUAUUACUGAUAUAGUUUUCCAAUUUCCACAAUUUUCAGCACUGUGCACAAAGUAUUGCUUUGAUCUGUCAAAUUGUUUGCACUGAAGUAUCGUUUUUCUUCAAAAUUGUUAUCUAGACAUCUCAAACACCUUUCCAUUUAUAUUUUUGAAUUUGGAAAAAUUCAAUUUGAAAUAGUGUUAGAAUUUUUCAAUAUCAUAAAAAGGACUUGUUUUUGGAUAAGUAGUAAAGAUGAGGUUCGUGUGUUUCUUUUUAAAAUAUUGUUUUGCUAACACUUCCCUUUAUUAAUUGUUUCUUAAGGCUUUUGUUUAAUUAAAAGAUGAAAUGCAGAAUAAGGGUUGCCUUUCACAGCAUCUUAUCAAAUUAACAAUGAUAAACUUCUGUAGCAAGAUUUAUAUACUAAACAAAAGUCAAGAAAAAACAAAAUAAGAUAUUUUGUGUUAAAGAUUUAAGAUUACAGUUUGUAUAUGGGUUAUGAGAAAAGGAAUAUAAAAUACAAUUUACAUGUACAAAUACUGUACUUCUUUUUUCUGUUUACAAAUGUAUUCAUUUUUUUUUUUAAACCAUUGAAAUGAACACAGGCAAGAAUUUUUUACUUGUUUGUAACCUUUUUUUUUAAAAAAAUCAAAUCUUAUUUGAGAUUUUUGUUUAAUACCUGUCAAAUUGUAUCAUUACAAUGUAGGAGUAAAUUAAACACAAGACCAGAACAAAAGCUGACCAACAGAAGCGUACCAAAGACCAAUGGGCCCUAGUUUGUACUUGCCAUAGUUUACUACAUAUUAAAUAUAGUAUCAAUUUUACUUUAGUUUUGUAUCUUAUAUUAUUAUUAUAUUAUUAUUUUCAAAACAUAAUUUAUAUAAUGGCAUGUCUCUUUCUUUACAUCAUUUCAACAUAGUCAAGUGAAUAAAUAUUGA